AUCAAAUCUGAAAUGACAGCGAAAGCGCCGAUGAAUCUCCGGCGCCUUCUAAUAGGGUCCGCCGUCUUCCGGCUGGCUCUGAUUCUGUAUGGAGAAUGGCAGGAUGCCCACAUGGAAGUUCGCUACACCGACGUCGAUUACCUCGUCUUCUCCGAUGCAGCUUCGUUAAUGGCUUCUGGGUCUUCUCCUUACAAGAGAACAACUUACCGCUACUCCCCUUUGCUCGCUUUUCUUCUCCUUCCCAACUCUGUUCUGCACCGCUCAUGGGGCAAAUUCAUCUUCUCCGCUUCAGAUCUUCUAGUUGGCUACUUCAUAUACAAGAUUUUGAAGCAACGUAAGGUGGCUGAGGAUCUAUGCUUAUACUCAGUAAUGGUAUGGCUCCUCAAUCCAUUUACCUUCACCAUUGGAACCCGUGGGAACUGUGAGCCCAUUGUUUGUGCCAUGAUUUUGUGGAUCCUUAUCUGUCUGAUGAAUGGUAAAAUAAUCCAGGCAGCAGUUUGGUAUGGACUUGUAGUCCAUUUCAGAAUCUAUCCAAUAAUCUACUCCCUGCCAAUCAUUUUGGUCCUCAAUCCACGUUACAUCCAACUGGGAAAGAAGCCUCUCCUUGUGAACUGGAAAUCAAACGCCCAUAGGCCAUCAUCCCAAAGCGGCAUGGAAGCAUCCACCCGAUACAACCUAUGGACAGCAGCAAAAUCCAUGUUUUCCAAAGAGCGAGUACUAUUCGGUCUAGUCUCUGGAGGCAUCUUCUUCCUUUGCACCGGGCUUUUCUUCCAUCUAUACCAAUGGGAAUUCUUGAACGAAGCGCUGUUGUACCACCUCACUCGUGCAGAUCCAAGGCACAACUUCUCCGUCUACUUCUACCACAUAUAUCUCCAGUAUGGUCGCCAGCUAUCCCUGGUGGAAAAGCUCAUAUCUUUCUUGCCUCAGUCGAUCGUGCAACUAGUUCUCAUAUCAACCUUCGCCCAAGAUCUCCCGUUCUGCUUCUUCCUACAGACGGUGGCGUUUGUAGCAUUCAACAAGGUAAUCACAGCGCAGUAUUUCGUCUGGUUCUUUUGCCUUCUGCCUUUAAUCUUGCCGUGGAGCGAUAUGAAACUGAAAUGGGAAGGGCUGGGUUGUGUCGGGUUGUGGAUGGGAGCUCAAUUGCAUUGGCUUCUGUGGGGUUACUUGCUCGAGUUCAAAGGCCAGAAUGUAUUCCUUCAGCUUUGGAUGGCGAGCUUGGUUUUUCUUUUGGCGAAUGCUUCCGUGAUGGCUGUGUUCAUCCGACUGCAGAGGUUUUCUCCCAUCUUUCUGCAGAUCAAGGUGUCAGAUUCCAAGAGUGGAGUCAAAUCCCAGUAAACCGAGACACCGGGAAGGUGUAUCUGACUAUCUGUUACGAUAAUGGUUUGUAAUUGCCAUGUUUUGAUGUUGAUUUGGUGCCAGGAGGCCAGUUGAACCCUUUGUAGACAGUACUGCCUUCUGCAAUAUUUCCACUCUCGCAAAGUUGGGCAGUUUGUCCAACGUGUAAACUCAUUCUACCACAUGUUGCUGACGCAGAUGAUCUUAAUAGCAAUGGGAUGAAAUAGCACCAAACAUAUGUGGCACAAGUGCCACGAGAAGCU